AUGGCCUCCGCAACCCCGAUGGAAGAUCUGAUGCGCGACAAGCUCGCUACCGCUUUCCACCCCUCUACCCUCAUCAUCCGCAAUGACUCCCACAAGCACGCGCACCACAAAGCAAUGGAGGGUGUCGCAUCGAAGGAGACCCAUUUCCAGUGCGUCUUCGUCCGAGAUUCACGAGUCCAGAACUGA